AACCACGUCCCUUGCUGUAAUUUCCCAAACUUUAUCUUCAAUAACCCGAAAGAGGACGCAGAAACGAAAAACCUCGCUGCUCCACGCUAACUUUGGUACCUAAAAACUACCGUCAGACAAAAAAUGCUUCUUCAAACUACUCUGCACCACCAAAAGGCGUCACUCUCAUCGACUAUCUCCUACUCGCCACCCCUUCAUUCAUGGAAGAAUCCUCACUGUGCCAUUCACCAGACUCUAUCUUACAAGAAACUUCAAAUUUCAUGCUCAAUAUCGAAAGUCCACAGCUACGGAACAGUUGAUUAUGAGAGAAGACCCAUGAUUAAAUGGAACUCUGUCUACAGGAGAAUUUCUUUGAUGGAAAACCCUGAAUUGGGUGCCGACACCGUACUGAAUCAAUUGGAGAAAGAUGGCAAGAAGCUCUCUAAAUGGGAGCUUUGUAGGGUUGUCAAGGAAUUGAGGAAGUUCAAGCGCCACAGGCAUGCUCUUGAGGUUUAUGAUUGGAUGAACAAUAGAGAAGAUAGGUUUAGAUUAUCUGUCAGUGAUGCUGCAAUUCAGUUAGACCUUAUUGCUAAAGUUCGCGGAAUUUCUUCCGCUGAUGACUAUUUUACGAAGCUUCCCGGUUCUAUGAAGGACAGGAGGGUCUAUGGGGCUCUGCUGAAUGCUUAUGUCAGAGCUAAAUUGAGUGAAAAAGCAGAAUCUUUGAUGGAAGAAAUGAGAAGCAAAGAUUACGCCUUACAUGCGCUUCCAUUCAAUGUGAUGAUGACUAUGUAUAUGAACCUCAAGCAGUAUGAUAAAGUUGACAUGCUGAUUUCCGAAAUGAUGGAGAAAAACAUACGGCUUGAUAUAUAUUCCUAUAAUAUCUGGUUGUCAUCUCGAGGGUCCCAAGGAUCUGGAGAGAGGAUGGAAGAGGUAUUUGAGCAAAUGAAGGUGGACACCACCAUUAAUCCCAACUGGACAACAUUUAGCACAAUGGCGACGAUGUAUAUUAAAAUGGGGAAGUUAGAGAAAGCUGAAGAUUGCUUGAGGAGGGUGGAAAGCAGAAUAACAGGUAGGGAUAGAAUACCCUAUCACUAUCUCCUAAGUUUAUAUGGUAAUAUAGGUAACAAAGUAGAGCUUUACCGUGUGUGGAACAUAUACAAAUCAAUUUUUCCCAGUAUUCCGAAUUUGGGAUACCAUGCUAUUAUCUCAUCUCUGAUUCGGAUGGAAGACAUUGAAGGGGCAGAGAAGAUUUAUGAGGAAUGGCUGCCAGUGAAGUUAUCCUACGACCCUAGAAUAGGAAAUAUUCUCAUGGGUUGGUAUGUUAAAGACGGAAAUUUGGAUAAGGCUGAAAGCUUCUUUGAUCAUAUGACUGAAGUGGGAGGAAAGCCAAAUUCGAGCACAUGGGAGAUUCUAGCAGACGGGCAUAUCGGAGAGAAAAGAAUUUCUGAGGCUCUGACUUGCUUUAAGGAAGCUUUUAUUGCUCAAGGGUCAAAAAGUUGGAAGCCAAAGCCUACAGUUAUAUCUUCCUUCUGUAAGCUAUGCGAAGAGGAAGCUGACACGGCAAGUAAAGGAGUUUUAGAGGAUUUGUUGGCGCAGUCUGGCUAUCUUGAAGAUGAAACUUACGCGUCACUUAUCAGAUCAUGCAUGGGUAGCAACCAACUCUGAUAAUAAGAUGGAUGACGGAAAUGACUUUGACGAGAAGGAAAUAUUUCUCAAUCAACUGCAGGGUAAUCUCUGAUAAAUGUGAGUGGAAAAAUUAUUUGUUAGGCCUUAUGCUGGACAGAGGGUAUCAUAGCUUGAUUUUUCAGGUAUUGCACUAUCUUUUGACUUUUCAUAGUAAUCAUCACCGCUCAAAUUGUAUGGUCAUGCUAAUGAGAGCCAGGAAUUUUUAAUUCAAUGGAGGGAUUUUCUAAGCUGAAUCCUUCAUUCGAGCUUCCCCUCCUAGAUUAGAACAUCCUUUAAUCAUCUGUUAUUGAAUGAUAAUCAAAUUUGAGAAGUUUUUACUUUUUA